AUGGCGGGAAGUGGAUCUCGUGUUGCCAAGAGAUCUCUGAAUGCCUGCACUCGAUGCCGCAGACAGAAGAUCAAGUGUUCCGGAUCUCAACCAUGCGAUGGCUGCAACAAGCGCAAGCUGACUUGUAUCUUCGAUGAUCGCGACCAGAAGAUUCUCGUCACUAAAGGGUAUAUCGAUGAGUUGCAGCAAAAACUUGCGAAGCUGCAGCAAAAUGAACACACAGAUACCGUUCAUGUCCCUGUGCCACUUAGUCCCGACUAUGUAGAUGACAGGUCCCCUGACCCCAAAGAUCAGAAUGAUGCACCGGGAGAACUCGCGAGAUCCUCCAAUGAUAUUUCAGACGUUCAACUUCAGAACGAGCUCGAAGACCCUGCCUCGGGCCUGACAAAUCCGUUAUCAUCGGGGCCACCUGCCUUUAUGUCAGCCGAGAAUGGGCGGACGUUUUAUCUCGGAACAUCAUCAAAUUGGUCAUUUACACGCCGAGUUUUGAGUCUAACCCAUGAACAAAUUUACCAAGAGGCUCUGCCUACCGGCGCUUUAUUGUUCGACGGCGCAACAUAUGAUCUCGGCUGGGACGGGUUGCGGGUCGCUCAAGACCUGGACACCCCAGCUGUACCGACAUUUGACCAUGCAAUGUACCUGAUCAACACAGUCAAGUUUCGCUGUGGACAAAUGUAUCACCUUUUCGACGAAAAUGAGUUUAUGCACAAUCUUCAUGACUUUUAUUCGCAACCCAAGCCGAAUGCGACGGGCGGCUUGUGGUAUAUCCAUUUUCUUCUCGUUCUUGCUUUUGGGAAGGGAUUUGUGAAGCAAAAGUUGCAAGGCAACAAACCUGCCGGCGCAGAAUUUUUUGUGAACGCUCUUCAGUUACUGCCGGACGUCAGUGUUCUCCACCGGGAGCCGAUCGAAUCGACAGAGAUUCUAUGCUGCGUUGCGCUUUACUUGCAAGCCUUGGACUUUCGGUCAUCAGCGCAUAACUAUAUCGGACAGGCGAUGCGAAUGGCGAUGGCGGAGGGUAUGCACACGCAGAUGCCGAUCGAGUAUCUGGGAGAGAACAUGGUCCAGAGAUGCCGCAAAAUUUGGUGGACAGUUUACAUUUUGGACCGCGAAAUGACCUCCCUGAUGGGUCUUCCUCAGUCUCUCAAUGAUGAUCAUAUUGACACUCAGCUCCCCGCAUUUCCCCAUUCCAUACAGCGGACAGCGGCCAUUGGCAUGCACAUCAAACUGUCCAGGAUCAUUGCCGAAAUUAAUAGCACGGUUUAUGCUAUUGAUGGACGCUUGAAUAGGAAUUUCCUCGUGCGGACUAAAACCGCUUUGGCAAAUAUAGCCAGUCUUGCGGACGAACUCCGAGGUUCUUUCCCAUUACUCCUAGAACAAGCAGCAAGCGGGGUUUCCAGGAUCUCCGCUUAUCUUCAUCUCCUUUACCAUCAAUGCAUUAUCCUCGCCACCCGACCGCUCUUAUUUUGCUUCCUGAAGAUACGGUUUGAGUCAUCAGAUCGCUGUUCGGAGGCUUUGAACACAUCCCGAAAUGUGCGCAACUUGAUUCAAAUGUGCAUGGAAUCAUCCCAGCAAAUAAUCAGCAUCCUCCAUAGCCUUCAAUUAGAAGGCCUCCUUGAAACAUUUCUUCCAUUUGACCUUGAGUCUAUUUUCAUCUCCACAGUAGUCCUUCUUAUGGGCCCGGCGAUCGACAUCCGAUGGAACUAUCCAGCAUGGUUGGAAAAGGCAUACACGAUUUUCGAAGAUAUAAUUGAUAGUGGGAAUCUGAUCGCUAAAUUUCGCCGAUCGGAGCUACAACUUCUGGAUGAGUUACUGAGCUGUUUUCCUCAAGAUCAACCACGACGUAUACCAGCUCCAUUCUCCUUUCCUAAUAAUGUCCUCAACCUCCCAGGACCACCUGAUUCCUUGGCAAGCUCCUUCCCUCCUUCCGCACAUGCCUUGGGCCACGAUAUUUUGUCAGAUCAGGGUCCAACGAUCGAGGAUGAAUUUAGCUUUACGAACGGACUCACCGCCGCGCAGAUCAUGGCUGUGGCCGAUUCCAUUGAGAAUAUUGAUACGGAAUGGAUGUCUAACGCAAUGAUUGAACAUAGCAUUUGGUAG